AUGUCGCUUCUGCUUGUUGCUCUCUGCUUUCAGCUACCGCCACCGGCUAGCCACCUCUCCGGGGGUGGUGAAAAGAGGAGCCGAGCGCGUAAGCCUCCUCUGCUGGUACACAGCCUCUCCAUUGCCAAGACCUGUACACGCCUCCUCGUGGCCACGCACGGUAACUGGUACCUUGCGGUUCCAGGCAAAGCUGUAUGGGAUCUCGGAGUAGCAGGGGGCCCCAGAGACGCGGCAUGCAGGCCCGCUCUAGUGUGGACACGCCCUGCUGCCCGUCAACCCCUGCCCCAGCUAUGGGUAAAUAGCAAAGACCUCAACGGCGGACCAGGCGGAGGAUGGCAGCAGCAGAAUGUACCACAACGGCUGGGAAGGCGGAUGAAGGCUGCAGCAGAGGGUGAUCUCCAGUCGUCUUGGAUCUCCAUGCCACUGGAUCUAGGUCUCUUUCUGUCAAGGACCGUGUGGUGGCUGCAGGCGCAUCAGUCUCCCCACAAAAGGUACCCUAAACAUAGCCUGCCUCUCAUCACCCUGUCUGGACUACCGCAUCCAGAGGGGUCACUACCAUGCGGUCGGAAACCAAAUCAAAACAAAACAACCAAACAAAACUUUCACUUUGGAACCUGGAAUGUGCGAACCCUCACAGACAACAAAGCCAGUGAACGGCCUGAAAGACGAACAGCCAUCAUCUCCCGGGAACUAAAAAGAUUCCAAAUUGACAUCGCAGCUCUCUCUGAAACCCGCCUGGCUGAUGAAGGACAGCUGAAGGAGGAAAAAGGGGGAUAUACUUUCUUCUGGAAAGGAAAACCUGCCGAAGAGCCGCGAAUCCACGGUGUGGGCUUCGCCAUCAAGAACAACCUCGUCAACCAGCUCCACGAACUUCCUGUAGGCAUCAGCGAACGCCUAAUGACCUUACGCCUGAUGCUUUCUAACAGUCAGAUGGCCACUGUUAUUAGCGCUUAUGCUCCAACACUUGAUGCGCAGCAGGAUGUAAAGGAAGCCUUUUAUGCUGACCUGGACACAAUUCUAUCCAAAGUCCCCAAGGAAGACAAACUAAUCCUUCUUGGAGACUUUAAUGCCAGAGUCGGGCAAAACCAUGAUCUGUGGAGAGGCACACUGGGGAGAGAAGGGACUGGAAACACUAAUUCCAAUGGCUUAAUGCUGUUAACUAAGUGCUCAGAAUAUGACCUGGUCAUCACCAACACUCUUUUUCGUCAAAAGAAAAAGUUCAAAACAUCUUGGAUGCAUCCCCGCUCGAAAUGCUGGCAUCUCAUCGACUAUAUCAUUGUCCGCUCCCAGGACCGUAGAGAUGUACUCAUCACAAAAGCAAUGACUGGUGCAGAUGAAUGCUGGACUGACCAUCGCCUCAUUCGCUCAACCAUGUCUAUCCGUUUGAUGCGGAAAAUGAGGCACCAAAAAGGACAACCUCGACGGCGGUUCAACGUCGAGCGACUGGGAGAAACAAUGAGAAAGCAUCAAGACUGGUAUGAUGAGAAUGACACAGAAAUCCAGCACCUUAUCAACAUCAAGCGGAAAACUUUCACAACAUGGCAAAAUGACAUCAACUGCAAUGUUAAAAGAGAAGCCCAUGCUAAAGCGAAAGCAGCUGUUCAAUCAAGGGUCCGGGUACUCAAGAACCAAUGGUGGACACAAAAGGCCCUGGAAAUCCAACAGCUUGCUGACACUGGGGACACCAGAGGCUUUUUUGAAGCCACAAGAGCUGUAUAUGGACCCAGCCAUCGUUGCCUGACCCCCCUUCGCUCUAAGGAUGGACUCUAUCUGAUGAAGGAUAAAGAGGCUAUAACGCACAGGUGGAAGGAGCACUAUGAAGAGCUUCUGAAUAGGGACACUACCCCUGACUUUGAGGCACUGGACCAACUUCCUCAACUGCCCAUCUUUGAAAGUAUGGCAGAACCACCCAGUUUGAGUGAGGUACGGGAUGCCAUCAGGAAGAUGAAGAACAACAAGUCUCCUGGGGCUGAUGGUAUACCAGCUGAGGUUCUGAAAGAAGGCGGGCCUGUCCUUCUUGAACACAUCCACACCCUGCUUAUCAAAAUAUGGAAAAAAGAGGAAAUACCAGCACAAUUGAGGGAUGCCCUAGUGAUCUCCCUUUUCAAGAAGGGUGACAAGACUGAAUGCGGUAACUAUCGAGGCAUUUCCCUCCUCUCCACGGUAGGGAAGGCUUUAGCCAGGGUGUUGGCCAAUAGACUCGCCCCCCUGUCAGAAAACACUCUUCCUGAGUCACAAAGCGGAUUCCGUCCAAACAGAAGCACCAUGGACAUGAUCUUUGUAGCUCGCCAGCUGCAGGAGAAGUGCAGAGAACAAAAUCAACCUCUAUACAUGGCCUUCAUAGACCUCACUAAAGCCUUCGAUUCUGUUAACCGCCAAGCCUUAUGGCAGGUCCUGGCAAAAAUUGGCUGCCCUGAUAAAUUCAUUCGAGUUUUGAGGCUGCUACAUGACAAUAUGUCUGCCACUGUACUGACUGGCUUUGGAGAUGAAACCGAACCAUUCCGAGUUGACACAGGAGUUAAACAGGGAUGUGUUAUUGCACCAUCACUGUUCUCCAUUUUCAUUGCCAGCAUCCUCCAUCUUACAGGGAAUCAGCUGCCACAGGGAGUCAAAAUUGUGUACAGGGCUGAGGAACUUCUGAACAUCAACCGAUUCAGGGCCAAAGGUCAAACCACCACCGUACCCAUCACAGAGCUGCAGUAUGCAGACGACAAUGCCAUUGUAGCCCUCUCAGAAGAUGACCUACAGUGCAGCUUGACUGCUUUUGCUAAAGCCUACAAACAGCUUGGUCUGGCCAUAAACAUCAAGAAGACUCAAAUCCUCUUCCAGCCAUUACCGGACUGCAUCACUCCCCCAAACAUCUAUAUUGAAAAUACCAAAUUGGAAAAUGUAGACCACUUCCCAUAUCUUGGCAGCCUUCUAUCAUCUAAAGCCACCAUUGAUGAUGAGAUACACCACCGCCUUAGUUGCACCAGCGCAGCAUACUCGCGACUUAAGAAAAGGGUGUUUGAAAACCGUGAUCUUCAGUCAAAGACUAAAAUCCUGGUCUACAAAGCGAUACUGCUCCCCACUCUCCUUUAUGGGUCAGAAACCUGGACCACAUAUAGUAGACACCUGAAAUCACUGGAAGCCUUCCAUCAAAGACAUCUACGGAGAAUCCUCAGGAUAACCUGGGAGGAUUAUCGAACAAAUACCAGUGUCCUGGAGGAGGCUGGCAUCCCUACCAUCACAGCCAUCAUUGCACAACACCAACUUAGAUGGACUGGCCAUGUCAUUCGAAUGCAAGACUCUCGACUACCCAAACAAGUCCUGUACUCACAGCUUCUCCAAGGGAAACGUGCCCCAGGAGGUCAAAAGAAAAGGUACAAAGACAACAUCAAGGACAACAUCAGGAAGUGCCAUAUACCCCUUAACACCUGGGAGACUACAGUGAGGAACAGACCUGCCUGGAGAAAAGUGGUUAGAGAGGGGGCUGCACAAUACAACAGGGAUCUCCACAGUGCUGCAGAGCAGAAACGCAAACGGAAGAAAGAGAUCACCUCCACCAACAAAGUUCCACCAAAACCCAUAACUACCCCUGCCCACCCAUGCCCACAUUGCCCCAAAGUAUGUGGGUCCAGGAUUGGCCUCUUCGCCCAUCUGAAGACCCACAAGGACCAAGAAGGAGGACAGACAUACUCGACCACGAGUGUCCGCCGAGACAAUGAGGGCUAA